GAAGGGCGGAGGACCGACGAGCAGGAGGGCGGAAAAGGAAGAGGGGAGGAGAUGCGUUGGUAUUUGGUAGCGGCUCUUCUCACUCUCCUCACCAGUUCCCAGGGAAUUUUGACAACACUGUCACAAAGUCAUGGAAAAUACAAAUAUGACUAUGCUACGGUUCCAUUUCUUGCAGAAGUUUUCAAGCUUGUGGUAUCUAGCUUCUUCCUUUGGAAGGAGUGCCAAGCAUCAUCUUCUGCUCCUAGGAUGACUACAGAUUGGAAGAGUGUCCGUUUAUUUCCCAUUCCUUCUAUCAUUUAUCUUGUUCACAACAAUGUCCAGUUUGCUACCUUGACUUAUGUGGAUCCAUCAACAUAUCAGAUAAUGGGUAAUUUGAAAAUUGUCACAACUGGUAUCUUAUUCAGGUUCUUUCUGAGGAGGAAGUUGUCAACCCUACAGUGGAUGGCGAUUGUUCUAUUAACUGUUGGGACAACUACAAGCCAGGUGAAAGGUUGUGGAGAGGCAUCUUGUGACUCACUAUUUUCAGCACCUAUACAAGGUUACAUGUUUGGACUCUUGUCUGCCUGUCUUUCUGCACUAGCUGGUGUUUAUACAGAAUACUUGAUGAAGAAGAACAACGACACCCUGUACUGGCAGAAUGUGCAACUAUAUAC